AUGGCGACGUGUGUGACGCGCAUGGCAUGGCGUGCAUUGGACGAAACGUUGAGAUACUCAUCAAUUUACCAAAGAACCUUGCUAAAUGCUCUUGCAUGCCGCAGUGCGCCGAGCUCAACUAUUAUUCACAUACCAAAAAGGUCCUUAUUCGUUCUGCCGCUUGGAGUGGAUGUGGGCCUGUUAGGAAUCGCUGUUUAUUAUUUGACGAGGUUAAGGAAACCGGAUCAGAGUAAUGUUGAGAGUAUAUUCGGACCGGAGCCCGGAUCGAAGGAGGGGCUUAUGUAUCCCGAGAGAGUGGUAAAAUGCAUCGCACAUAGAGGAGCUGGCUUUGAUGCACCGGAGAAUACUUUGGAAGCGUUUAAAUAUUGUGUCGAGAGAGAUUGUAAUUUCGUAGAGUUGGAUGUGAGGACGUUGAAGGAUGGUCAGUUAGUGCUCUUACACGAUCAAGGUCUGGAGAGGCUGACUGGGGGUACCAUAACUGAUGUCAAGAUGAUGGACUGGGAUAAUAUAAAAAAUAUAGAUGUUGGUGCUACACAUCCCAAUAGACAUCAGUUCAAAGAGGUCCACCUGUGCCGUCUAGAAGAUGCCCUCGACUAUCUCCUUUCAAAUGAAGUUAGGAUGAUUAUUGAUGUCAAAGGAGAAGACAAACAGGUUAUAAACGGUAUCCUCGAUACGUUUGCAUCCCGUCCAAAUCUGUACAAGUUUGCUGCUGUGACGACCUUCAAUCCUUUCGUCUUAUAUCAGAUACGAAAAAAAGAUCCUCAGAUUGUGGGCGCCAUCAGCUAUCGUCCGUAUUGCUUCAGCGCGCAAGACUAUGAUGCUGAGAACGGUCCAAGUAAUCCUAGGUUCGGCGAGCGCCUGCCGCUGCACGCGGCGCUGCGCGGCGCCGACGCGCUGCACGCGCUGGCGUGGCGCCGCGCCGCGCGCUGGGCCGCCGCCAGCGCCGUGCUGCUGCACAAGGACGCCGCCAGCCCAAGCGAAGUCUUCUAUUGGCGGUCGUUGGGUGUCCGCUGUGUGGGCUGGUGCGUUAACAGGCCCCUGGAGAAACUCUACUGGCGAGGUGUUCUGAAGGCUCCGUACCUCUCCAACACUCUAAUGGGCGAGCCCGAGGUCGAACAAAAAAAAGAGCGAGACAAAAGAUCGAGUCUCUCUCUCCGACCCGGACCGAUUGUCGAUAAAAUAUUAGAGACGGAAAAACGCAUGACGUCCGGACAGAACUAGAUUUAGUAUAAAGUUAACAGUAGUGUUCAUGUCUUAUUUGUAACAUAUAGACUUUCUUACUCAUCGAUUAUUUAUAUUUUAUUUAUUUUCAUAAUAUAUAUUUAUUUAUUGAGAUGGUAUUGUCACGUAAUAAAGUACAAACGAAAUCCAACCAAAUACCGUAGUAAUAAGGUUCAAUUUUAAAUUUAGGCGUUUAAUUUCAAGUCCUAUGUUGAAAGUACAUUUUAUGUGACGUCGUUUCGUCAUAUUUUUUUUUAAAUUAUACUUACGAAAACCUACAGCAAUUGAAUAGUAUAAAAUAAGGAUGUUUUUUAAUGUUAUUGGUAAACUUGGUUGAUAUUUAAGAUGUCUGGGUUUGUCCGUGGAUAAAAUGUUUCAAAAAACUUGGUUAAAGGCGACCAAUUUUUUGACGCCUCUUGAUAGACGAAAUUUUAUUUGGAAUUAUCGAAUAAUUAAUAAAUUAAUACCUGUCCUAUUAACUUAUUAAAUUUUCGUACAUUGUCUAUGUUUAGAAUGUCUGUAAAUUUGACUUAUAGGAUUUGCCAACCCCCCCAAAUGACAUCUGUCAUCAUCUGUCACCCUUAUAUCUCAGACCAUGCCAGAUACCUAAGUAUGUUAGAGUAGGCUUAAGAGAGCGAUUACUACUAUGAACUUUAGGUAAUAUGGCGUCAGAAGUGAUUAGUCUGUGAAUAUUUACCAGGGGAUAGUCUGACUGUGGAAACGUUUUUGUGUCACGAGUUUCCCCAUGGUCCUCAACUAAUGAUAGAUUAACUUUUUUAAACUAACAUGUAACGAAUUUCAAGAAAACUUCGUUAGCUCGAUUACUACAACUAGCGCCCUCUAUUGACAAGAUUAGUAAAUCAGUGGUAAACCAGUGUUGCAAUGUGUAAUAAUAAUGUUAACAUUAUAAAAAAGUACACUUUUUAAAAAUGGAAUCUGUUUUUUAUAAUUUAUAAAAAAAAGCUGUAACAAAUGAUAUUUGUAGGUCGAGGAGCGACGUGAUAUUACUAAAGAUUGCGAGACACAGACGGAUAAAUGAUUGAGAUUAUUUCUAGAACGUUCUACGCUGUGACGGAGAAGAACGAAUUAUUUAUAGAAAAUUGUAAUGUUUUAUUAAUGACAUAAUUAAACGCCUGAAUUUAAUAUAUUUUUUCGUUUUUAACUGUUUUUUUUUUUUCAUUAUUGUUGACUAAGUCAUUACGUAUGAAUUGUUUUUUUUUUAUAGCUCGGGCUCCUGUCAUAAUAUAUUAAGCUUUUAAACAGGAAAAGUUUUAUCGAAUUCGGCUCAGCAGAUUGCGCGAUGCUUUGGAUGAUCUAUUUUAAUUGUUUUUAAAGUAUCUGUAAAGUUUUGAGCAAAAGUUUUGAAUACUUAACGAAGUGCUACUACAAGUACAGAGUACUAGUCGUGAUCAAUUGAAAAGAUGAACACAUUAUCAGUGAUCGGAUUUUAUUAAAAUUGUUUGGUUUUGUUGUACAAUACGAUUCAUUUGACAGAAUUGAAAUAUUCGUACCAGCGUUGCAGAACUAUCGACAGUUUGUCUAUCGAUAGUUGACCUCGAAAACUAUUCAGGAUAUCGAUAGUACUAUCGAUAAUAUCGAUAGCUCUACUAGUAUCGGUAGUUUUAGACUAUCGAUAGUUUAGUUUUAAAGUAAUGGUUUUUGCAAUACUAUCGAUAGUAUUGCUAAUGGGGAGUUAUCGAUAAUAUCGAUAGUGUUGACACGUGACAAUACUAUCGAUACUAUCGCUAACACCUUCCCUAUCGAUAGUCUGUCGAUAUGCAAAACAUUCGUACACAUCCGAUGUAUAUGACAGAGAUCCCACGUGUGACGGUGUUUUAGUAUUGUCCAAUUACGUAUAGAUAAUAGAUUAAUUACAAAGGAGUAUCAACUAUCUAUUCUACUAUUAUAAAAAUCUAUCUGUCUGAACGACUGAAUCGAAUUUGAAAGAUCUAAAAAGCGAGAGAAACCGCAGACGACAACUAUUUGUCAAUAAACGAUAGGUCCAAUGUCGAUUAAUUCGAAUUAUAUCAUUUGACCUUGAAAAUUAAAGUGUGUUCUAUGUAGUUUAUUGGUAUGGUGUUGUGUUAUAAAUAAAUAUAUAUUCAUCAAGAUUCAUUAAAUAUAACAGUUUGGUAAGGUUUAUUUAUCUGUAUUACUUCUGUCGUUAAAAUAUAGUAUAUUAUGACAGGAGUUCAUUCGGAACCGUUUUCAAUAUCACAGAUAAUUAAGUCUAUUUCAUUCCAAAGAUGAUUUUCAUUAAAUUAUUUAUUUUAAUUGUAAACAAAUAUUUAUUUCGGUUUGAACCGUGAUCAUAACUAUUUUAAGUCUAGAUUGAGUGUUGCACUUCUAAAAAUUUAAAACGAACGACCAGUUUUUUUUUUUUAUUCUGGCUUUUAUUUGUGCAGAUUAUUUCGCCAAUGUCACGCGCGAAAAACUUUAUUAUCUUGAAGUGUAACAGCUACGUCAAACGUCAUAUUACUUUGCUAGUGUGCGUGUACUUUGUAGCCAACGGUUGGCCACUAUUUAGAUACAUUUUGAUAAUAUAUCGAGAUACAUAAUUAAUCAAAGCCACAUAUCGAAAGAAAUUUUGGCGAUGCUUAAUAAAAAAUAUGAUUGCGUUACAUACGCCAAAUUAAAACUAUUAAGUAUUUACCGCGAAUAUUCAAUGAAUCUGUCAUUUUGACAUGUGAUAUAUAUUUUUUUUUUAUAAUUUAUUUUACCAAGAUGUUAUUACCAUAGAGUAAAUCGAUUAUUAUUUUUUAUUUAUUUUAGUUAAUACGCGGCGAAUGCCAAAAGAUUAAAAAUUGUACCUUAAUAUUGAACAAAGUGAGUCGAACGUAAAUGUUUGUUUCGUCUUUGAUAUUUUAAUUUAAAUUUAUUAUCUGUUAUUUUUAAUUCGAAGUAUUAUUUGUACCAAAUGUUUUUUUUGCACAUUUUAUUGUAAAAUAUGCUGAUUCAUGACUUCGCCUUUUAAUUUUUAAACUGAUUUGACAGUUUUGACAUAUCUCAUUUUUAUCUCAUACUAAAGAAAGAGAUGGCAUGUGUAUAGUUCUGUCAUUUUAGUUUAGAGACUGUUGCGUGUCGAAUCAGUAUAGUGUUGUAAGCACGAUGUGUGUGUGUCGAUGUUUUGUUUAAUUUAUUUUAUUUUAUUGAUUUCAA